CCCGCCACCCCCUCGGCCUGCCCCUUCGCCGACCCGCCUCCGGCCCCGGAGGUGCCCCCGCCACCCCUGCCCGCCUUCCCGGACUCGGCCGCCGCCUGCCCGCUGGUCUUCAGGGUGGACCCCUUCACGGACUACGGCUCGUCCCUCACCGUCUUCUUGCCCUCCUCCCUGGAGCCCCACCAGCCUUUCCAGGUCGUCGUCCGCUACACCACCAGCGACGCGCCGGCGAUCUGGUGGCUGGAUCCCGAGCUGACGUACGGCAUCUCCAAGCCAUUUGUCUUCACCCAGGGCCAUUCGGUGUGCAACCGGUCUUUCUUCCCCUGCUUCGACACGCCUGCUGUAAAGUGUUCCUACUCUGCUGUCGUCAAGGCACCUCCGGGUAUGCAAGUAUUGAUGAGCGCCACCCAAAGCACCUUCAGGGAACAAGAGGGCGUCUACGAGUUCUACAUGGAAUACCCCGUCCCUGCCUAUCUGGUGGCUCUGGUCGCAGGGGACCUGGUACCUGCCGACAUCGGUCCCAGGAGCAGAGUGUGGGCAGAACCGUGCCUGCUGGAAACGGCGAUCAGCAAACUCUCGGGCCGGGUGGAGCGAUGGCUGAGCGCCGCGGAGAGCCUCUACGGCCCCUACAUAUGGGGACGGUACGACAUCGUUUUCCUCCCUCCCUCCUUCCCCAUCGUCGCCAUGGAGAACCCGUGCCUGACCUUCAUCAUCUCGUCCAUCCUGGAGAGCGAUGAGUUCCUCAUCAUCGACGUCAUCCACGAGGUGGCCCACAGCUGGUUCGGCAAUGCGGUCACCAACGCCACGUGGGAAGAGAUGUGGCUGAGCGAAGGGCUGGCCACUUACGCUCAGCGUCGGAUCACCACGGAGACCUACGGUCCUGCCUUCACAUGCCUGGAAACUGCCUUCCGCCUCGACGCCCUCCACAGACAGAUGAAGCUCCUUGGCGAGGACAACCCCGUUAGCAAGCUUCAGGUGAAGCUGGAACCAGGUGUGAACCCCAGCAACCUGAUGAACCUCUUUACGUACGAGAAAGGUUACUGCUUUGUUUACUACCUGUCCCAGCUCUGUGGCGAUCCAGCGCGUUUCGAUGCCUUCCUCCGA